GGCCAGUUUCGUUUCGAAGCGGACUGUGUGCGUGAGGUGCCAGAAAUGCAACGUCGUCACGUGUACGGUGGUGGCCAGUUGUAUAAUCAAUUACUGUUUGCCUAUACCCCAUCCGCUUGUGAUCCACCGUUAUUGCUCAAUCGAGCCCCGAAAGGAUUGGAUUUGUUCGUGCACAGCGCUCAUGCUUUGAUGAAUGAAGUGCGUUCCACACACACACACACACACACACACACACACGUGUAA